AUGCUACCCAAGGGACCAAGCUGGAAGUGUCAAAUUAUCCCAUCUCUCCAUCGCACCAAAACUCCAAUCCGAAUUUUUUGGAGGGAUCCGGUUGAAUGCUUAGAAGCCCUCUUCAGCAACCCCCUUUUCCAUGACAAGCUUGAUUUUGUCCCUCGUCGCGUGUACACGACCGCAGCAUGGCUUACCUGCGUUUAUUCGGAGUGGCUGACAGGGGAUUUUUCUUGGGAGUUCCAGAGUCAAGUACCCAGAGGCGCUACAAUUCUUGGUACAAUCCUUUCCUCCGACAAAACAAAUAUCACCACUAUGACUGGCGCUAGAGUUGCUCAUCCGCUUCUUCUCGGUCUUGCCAAUAUCCACAUGCAAACUCGCAUGAAGCUCUCAUCCAGGGCCUUCCUACUCACAGCACUCCUCCCUAUCCCGCAGUACUUACACUCUAAUCAACGGAUGCGAGGUGUUCUCGAAGACUGCCUCAUACAUCAAUGUCUUUCUAUCGUCUUAAAGCUGUUGAUGAUUGCGGCUGAAAUCGGGAUAGUGAUGUCUGAUCCCAUUGUAAAUGUUCGCCAUUGCUAUACGCCCCUCGCAGCAUACAUUGUUGAUACCCCGGAGGCAUGUAUGCUUGUGUGCGUACGCGGGAAAACCUCCCCAUUUAUGAUGGCAUCAUAUCUGGAGUUUGGGGACAAUUUUCGUCACUCCAAACGUACACGCCAUAUCACUCUCGAUCAGCUCGCCAAGAUACACGUUGAUCCCAAUGACCCCGAAGGUUAUUUUGAUGCAUGCACCAUAUAUCGUCUAAAUGGUGUCCAUGCGCCCUUCUGGCAAGAUUGGCCGUUUGCUUGCCCCUCAGUCUUUCUAACUCCAGAGGCUCUGCAUCACUGGCAUAAGCAAUUUUUCGAUCAUGACCUUCAGUGGUGCAUUGCAGUUCUUGGAGCUCAAGAACUCGAUUUUCGAUUUUGCAGCCAGUCACAGGCUAUCCGUUACAUUGUCGGUCUCAUUGUCGGUGCAGCCCCUCGUCAAUUUGUGAUUGCGAUCCGUGCCCUUAUGGACGUCCGGUAUAUGUCACAAUCCCCUUCUCCAGAUGACAAUCUAUUGGCAUCUAUUGACCAAUCUCUUUCAACCUUUCAUCAAAACAAAGAUGUUAUUAUGACGUUGGGCGCAUGGACCAGUACGAAGAAGACGAUCAACAAUUGGUAUAUACCUAAGCUAGAGUUAAUGCAAAGCAUCACUGCCAGCACACGUAAAGUUGGAGCCCUCAUCCAGUGGUCUGCGGACGCCACUGAACAUGCGCAUGACAAGCUGUGGCGAUUUGCGAUUGCUAUGACGUUGAAGAGUGGUGUCCUUGAUCCAGACCCCAAAGAAUUACCCAUGGAUGAGGGAGACGAUGAAGACAUUGCUGAGCUUGAAGAACCGUCUACUGAUCAACGAACUGCACUCCUGGAGGGGCUUAAUCGCACACGUGUUACUACUAACUACUUCCUCAAAGCUAAGGAGGUGGCUACUGUACCUCGUGGACCUAGCCCUCACCCUCCUCGAAUGUUUACUGCUGGUAAUACCGCUAUCCAUCUAAAUUAUAGUCCAACUCGCACUGGAAUGAAAAUUGACGAUGUCGCAGACGAGUUCAACAUACCGGAUCUUCGUGAUGCUAUUUCAAACUUCUUGCGACUUGACACGAGGAACAGAGAUGUGAUUCAUGGGGUUGGAAUCUCAAGAAGAUCAUUAAUCGACCGUCCUUCUACUCUGCCUUUUGAUUGCGUGCAAGUUUGGCACACAGUUCACUUGCAGGAAGUUUCCUUCCGUGAUCCAUGUGUCAUCUUACCAGCGCAAACCUUGCAUGCCUCUCCACCAUGUCCCGGGUGGCUGAAAGGCCAAUGA